AUUUCGAAUAAAUUGUUGAUUUCUUUAAUUCUCACAACUGCUUUAUUUAUUUCAUUAGUUUAUUAUUGUUGUGUUUAAUAAAUUAUAACAGUUCUCAACCAUCCAUUUUGUUAACGUGUUUCGGAUUAUUAAACUUGAUUAUAUUAAUUGUUCAUACCUAUUUUUUGUCAAUACACCCAUUGUCGAUUAAUAUGUAUUGUAGUCAUUUAAGUUUUUGAUUGAAAUAAAUUCAUGGAGACUGGUGCAGAGAAGAUUUUCGUGAAAUUGCCAACAGUCAAUAAGAAGGCAACACUUAUAAAAUGGCGGGUAAAAGAGGGCACCCUGGUCAACAGUACUGCUGUUGUACUUCUUUAUCAAGAAGAUGGAGAAACAGAACGGAAAAGUUUUCGAACGAAUCAUAUUGGUGUUGUUAAGAAAAUACUAAUACAUGAAGGCCAAGACAUUCCUGCAGGGUAUAAUAUUACUUACAAACUAUUGUUUCAUUCAAAUUUUAAUGAUUUUAUUAUUUUGAUUAAACUAUGAUUUGACCUCAUCUUAUUGUCCUUAUAUAUUUUAGACAUCCAGUAUUUGAGUUGCAGCCUGGUUGCAGCCAUAGUACUGUAGUUAGUGAUUUAUGUGCAGAUUGUGGUGCUGAUUUAAGAAUUGAUAAUGCAGCUAAAUCAACUGCAUCUGUUUCUAUGAUACACAGUGUACCUGACCUGAAAGUCAGUGAACAGGUAUGCUAUUUAAUGUUUUAUUCUUGUAAAUAAAUGUUAAAUGAAUAAUUUACAAUUUUAGAGUGCUUUGUUGUUGGGUAAAGCUGAUGAAAAACGAUUGCUUGCUGAUAGAAAAUUGGUGUUACUUGUAGAUUUGGAUCAAACACUUAUACAUACAACAAAUGACAACAUUCCUAACAAUAUUAAAGUAUGCUUUAUAUCUUUAUGUAUUUAUUAAUUAUAAUUAAAAAUAUUAAAAUGUUAUACUUUUUUUUAUAGGAUAUUCAUCAUUUUCAAUUGUAUGGACCUAAUUCACCAUGGUAUCAUACAAGACUUAGGCCUGGAACAUAUAAUUUUUUGUCUUCUAUUAGUGAACUAUAUGAACUUCACAUAUGUACAUUUGGUGCACGUAAUUAUGCUCACACUAUAACGCAUAUAUUAGAUCCACAAGGCAAAUUGUUUUCUCACAGAGUUUUAUCAAGAGAUGAAUGUUUUAAUCCAAACAGUAAAACAGGAAAUCUUAAGUAAGUAUUUUUCUAUUUAUUUUAAUUUGUCAUAUAAAUAAUAAUCAUAAAAUGAUUGUUCAAUUUGUUGAUUUUAGACUAUAGUUAAUUUAUUAUUUGUAAGUUUAGCGUAGGUAUUAAUAUGAUUAUUUCAGGGGGUUGUUUCCUUGUGGUGAUAAUAUGGUAUGUAUUAUUGAUGAUCGUGAAGAUGUUUGGGAGUAUGCAUUAAAUUUGAUACAUGUUAAACCAUAUCAUUUUUUUCAACACACUGGUGAUAUAAAUGCACCACCAAAUUUACAAAAAAAUUGUGAAAAUUCUUCACAAAAAAAUAAUAGAGUUGAUUUCACUCAUUUAGUUCAAGGUAAAUAUACAUUUUUAUUUUCUUAUUACUUAAUUAAAAUGUACGCAAUUUAAUUAUUUUUUAAUAAAUUACAUAUUUUUUUAAAUAAAUAUUAAAUUUGUAUUGGAACAGGUAUAACUGUGAAAAAAAAAGAUAUUAUUAAAGAUGAUGCACAAAUAGAAGAUGGAGAAGUUUUAUCUGAUGAUGAUUCCCAAAAUGCACUAGACACUGAAGAAAAAAAAAAUGUUGUGAAUAAAGAUAAUGAUGAUCAAGUUGAAGUUGAAGAAGAAGAUGAUUAUUUAUUGUACUUAGAAGAUAUUUUGAAAAAUUUGCAUAAGGAAUAUUUUAAAGAAUAUGAUCAGAAAUGUGAAUUUUAUGGAAAAGAAGUGGAGGUUCCUGAUAUGAAGCGCAUUAUUCCUACAUACCGUUCAAAAAUAUUAGCUGGAAAAAAGCUUGUGUUCAGCGGUUUAGUACCUACUCCUGUGCCACUGACUGAAAGUCGAGCAUAUAAAGUGGCCCAAUUAUUAGGUGCAGAAGUCACAGAAAAACUUGAGCCUGAUACAACUCAUUUGGUUGCUGUUCGUCAAGGUACACUUAAAGCUAGUGCUGCUCGUAAACGUCCAGAUAUCAAAACUGUGACACCUGAAUGGUUAUGGCUUUGUGCUGAACGUUGGGAACAUGUUGAGGAAAGAUUAUUUCCUCUUCGAUCAGAAGGUUGUGGAUCUACUAGUCGUGAUCCACCAGCACAUUGUAGUAGUCCAGAACAUUCUCCACCUCCUAACCAGUCUCCUAAUGUUAUUGAACAGGACAAAUUUGCAGAUACUCUUAACCCACUUCUUUCAUUUUCUGAUGAAGAUAUUAAACGUAUGGCUGGAGAGGUAGAAGAUAUGACAGAUGAUGAUGAUGAUAGUUGUGAUGGUGAUAAUGAUAAUAAUGAGAAUAAUACAGACAAAAUGUUAAAUAAAAAUAAAGAUGGCAAUUCGAGUUCAGAAGAAUCAUUAGCUGGUAAAAUUUCUAUUUAAAUUAUUUUGCAGUUUAUCAUAAUUAUAAUUUAAUGUAUAAGACAAUUCAUUUUAACAAGUUUACUUUUGUAUGAUUACUAAUUAAUACAUUCAUAGUUGUUAAUCUUAUUAAAUUUGAUUAAAUUAGUCAUAACAUUUAGUAAUAUUUAACUAAACGAAAUUGACAAAAAAAUUACCAUACAAAUACAAUUUAGGAUGUGUUUAUAUUGAGUACACAUUAUGUAGUUCAUCUUAGAUGUUUAACCAUGAUUAUAUUUGGAAUUUUGUACAGAACUAAUAGUAUUCAGACAUUAGUUCAAAUAUUUGUUACAAAAUUCCUUUAGGCUAGCUAUAUUAAAGUAUUUUUAAAAUCUAUCAUUAUUAAUAAGUAUUCUACUUCUUCUAAUUUUAUAUUUUCAUAAAAACACUUAACAAAUUUAUUGAGAAUCUUCAAAGAGAAAAAUCAAAAAAUAACUUUCCUAAAGUACAAUCUAUUCAAUAUAACAUUAAUUUCUAUCAACAAAUGUGCUACACUUUCAUAUUGAAGCAAGAUUUCUGGUAGACAUUUUUGUCACAUUAUAAUAAAAAAAAAAUCAUUGUAAAUCCAAUAAGUACAUUCUUCAUUACACUCAGAAUCUAAAAUUUAAAUUUAAUUUAAUCACUUCCAAUUUUGAUUCUAAAUAAUAUUAUUUUGUGUUAUAUCUUUACAAAUUAAUUGUUUCCACUUAGUUUUCCAUAAUUCUCUCACUCUUGAGAGAAUAUUUAUUGAAAUGUAUAAAUGAAAAGUGUUUCAUUUUUGUUUCAAUCAAAGUAUUUCUAAGAUCGGGAAUCAUCUUUUUGGCAUUUGGAACCAGUUGUAUUUGUAAUUAUUUGUAUUAAGGAAUUAUGGAUAUUUUGUAUAACAAAAAAGAACAUUACACGGCUUAUAGAGGGGAGAGAUCCCUUUCACACCUCCCCCUCAGGGAUGCGACUGUGUGAGUUAAGCUCAUAGCUUAUAUUAGUAAAAAUAUAAUAUUCACGAUUCCAAAGCAUAAAAUGAACAUUUUUUUUUUUUUUAUUAAAAUUUAAGACACAAAAUUAGGAUUUUAAAUACCAUGAAAUAUAUUCGGAGGGUUGCAUGGAUUGCCAGUGCCUGAUUUAAAUCUUAAAAAUGAAUUAAUAUAUAAUUAUACCUAAUAUAUUCAUUUAAAAUCACUGCUCGGGAACUGGACAAUUUUUUUUUUCAUUAAAAAAGAUUUGAUGAUACUGUUACACUCAUACAAAUAAAAUAUAAAAAUAUGUUUGUGAAAAAAAUUUGUUUUGGUCAUCCUUAACUUACAAUCAUCACUACUAUUAAUUUAAAAUUGUUGAUAUAUAUAUUAAUAGCAGCAAAUUAGCAGUGAAUAUUACUACGGGUUCAUUAUUAUGUUUUUAAUAAACCACAUAAGUAUUCAUGGCCUAUAUUGUUUUAUUAAUUUUGGUAUUAAAUUUAUAGAUUCUGAGUAUAACAAAGAAGCUAUUAGUUUUACAAAGAUGUGUUUUUUUUCACACAGCACCUAAAAAGAUGCAGAUUUUUCUAUCAAAGGUACUUCAAUUGAACAAUUUUUUAGAUUGUCAAUAGUUUUCUAAAAAAAAAAAAUGUCAACAAAUGACUAUAGAUUAGUUUUUUUUUGUUGAUAUCUGGGUCACCUUAAGUACAAGGGUAAAAACAUGACUAAUAGUUACCUGAAAUUACCCCAUUAUUGACUUCUACGAAGAAUCGUUUUUUGAUUGCCAUGAUUUAUCGUUGCUUUCAGUAUAUCAACUAAAUUAUCCUAUAUUCUAUACCUUCUCAACUUCCCACUUAAAACAGUAGGCUACCAUUGUGUAAAGUAUUUUGCUUUUUUAAGACUAAAAUAUACAAUUAUUAAUACAAUGGUUCUUUUUUAAGGUUCUAGUAGAGGACAUAAACGUCGACACAGUUCAGCAGAUUCAACAGAUAAUGAAGAUGAAAAUGAAUCUGAAACGGUUAAUGAACAAUUUCGCAGAGGGAAAAAUUUAGAUGACAUGGAUUUGGAAUGGGGUAAUAAUAGUGAAAAUAGUGUUGAUCCACCUGACGAGAUGAACGAUUCAGAAUGGAAUAUGAUAGGUGCUGCUUUGGAAAAAGAAUUUUUGGAAAAUUAGUUAUAAAAACUUAAGACUUUUUUGUUAUUUUAAUAAUGCAAUUGAGGUGCAAGUAUAUUAUUUAUUUGAUACUGAUUAAUAUUAAUUGUAUUAUGUACAUAUCAUAGUAUUUAAGAAUAUCCAAUGCUAAGAUUAAUACAACAUAAUUUGUAUAAUAAUCCCAUUACUCCCAUUCAUUUGUUGCCAUAUAUUAUAUUAAAUAUUAAUUAUUUGUAUUUAAUUAUUAAAUUGAACUGUAUAAGUGUUGUGUUAAACUAAGUUAUGCUACCUAGUUGUUGUCAUUUAAUAUUCAAAUUUUAUGUGUACUUCUAUUUUUGACCAAUUAAUAUGUGUGUUCACUUUAGUUAUCAAAAGGAAAUAAGUUUUUUUACCUUGUAAACAGUGU